GCCUCAGUGCGCGCGUCCCCCCCCCCCGGUUGGUCAGCUGACCGUCGGCCGGUCUGGUGACUGUCAAACCCUGAGAACCCGAACCGUGACCCGAACUCUCGCACUGCCAGGCCGAGGCCGGCCUUUGUGUUCCCGGUACCGGAGCUCGUGACCCGGCCACACCCCCCCUCCCCUCUCCUGCGGCUCUGACCGAACCGGGACCCGGAUCAUCAUCAUCGAACCAUCCUCCUGCUCUGAGGCCGGUCAGCGGGUCUCUCCCGGGCCUGUGUGACCCUCCCUCCUUCCCUUCCUCGGGCCGGACAUGGUGAUGUCGGUUCUGGAGCUGGUCCUGCAGGGCCUGGCCGGCUUCGGGUUGGUCCUGUUCCUCGUGCUCUGGCUCAUGCACUUCAUGUCCGUCAUUUACGUGUGAGUCACCGCGAACGAAGCUAACCAUGCUAACCGUUAGCCGAGCGGCGCCUUUAUUUCUUGCUUUAAUUCUGCUCCUGUUCGGGGGGUUCUGGUUAAUAAAGCUCAAACUAGAGAAGUGGACCGUCUGAGUGAGGUUCUGAGAGUGGGAGAGCGGUUAAAGGUCCGGGUCCGAACAGUGGUUCCGUAUUGGGCGUUUUCCUGGUUAAGCGUUAGCCGGUUAGCUCUUCAGGCUAACAGACGGGAAACCGGAUUUAUUAAUAAUUUACAGAACCAUCUGGACCCUCUGUGGACCCACAGUCCUUUAGUACCGACUCGGUUUUGAUCAGUGUCAUCAGGUCUGGUUCUGAUCCGGCAGUCUGUUGGUCUCAGCUUUACAAAUUUCCUGUUUCCUCUUCGUGUCGCUGAAUUCGGUUUAAAAAACAUCAAAUUUCACGAUGUUUCGGUUUGCAACUGGUUUUAUAGUUAGGUCAGAAAAACCUAAAACUGUUUUAUUAAAGUAUUAGCGCUCACUUUUCAGUUAUUCACAUUUAAUUAUUUAAAUGAACUAAAGGAUAAGUCCGCCUGACUUUAAAGGGGAUCUGAAAUAAAAGGAAACUUCUGACUUAGAAUAGGGGAGAGUGGGUUAAGAUGAUCCAUGUUUCCUAUUUGGGAUCUCUACAUCAAGUCAAUCCUAGUUUUGUCUCUAACUAGUGUAUCAGCAGAUAUUUCAGGAUGUUAUUCAUCCCUGCAAACCAACAGAAUAAGUGUAGACAGAACUGUAACCUUGAUAAUACAGCAUGACAAAAAAGGGGUCUCCUAUGGUCAACUUACCCCGUGUAUGUAUGGGGUAAGUUGACCAUAGGAGCAGGGUAAGUUGAGAUGUAUCCCAACUGAAAACACAACUAAAACACAUUACAGGAGAGAAAUAACUGAUAAUUUAGUUUUAUAGCUGCAUUUGUUUGGUGAGUAACCUUUAUUUGACAACAGUUUCAGCAAAGCUUAAGAGAGGCAGAUUUGUAUUUGGUGAGGUCGAGUUCAUGGAGGUCAAAGGUUAUGAAACAAUAAUGGUCUUUCCCCUGAUGGGACGACUCAAAGUGCGUCAGAGAAUUUCAAAAUUACUUUCCCUAACUUCAGACCUGUGGUUUAGUCAAAGAUCCUCAACCUUAAAAGAGAGUUUUAAUUUCCCUCUCUUUAGUUUCUGCUCUGGGGUAUUUGAGGGUCAGGGAAUCUGUCAUGGAAAGUCCUGAAUGGUUUUGAUUUUUAAGGUCAGUUGUAGUUUUUUUGCUCUCAGAGCAGAUCAUCAGGAUUAAAACAUUGAUUAUGUCAUCGUCUCAGGGGGGUCUUCUGGAGAUUAGAGGAUUUUUACACAAGUAUUCAGGACCUUCAGAGACCCCUCAGGUCUUUAACAGCCCCCCCAUAGUUUAAACUGGACUCUGGUAUUCCUCAGGCGUCACGUUAGUGAGGAUGAAACCAUGAGUUAUGGGGUCAGGGUCAGACGGGUAUGUGUUGCCCCCCCCCCCCCCCCACACCCGUUCCUCAGGGUUUGAGGGCAGAGGAGUCCUGUGACCGGCACAAAGUGAGGCCUUAAAGGCAGAACUCUGAUUCUAACAAAGACCCUUUUAAACCUCAGGAACCACCUGAACGGACCGAGUUCAACCUCACCCAGGAGGAGUGUGCCGGUCCACCAAGCUGUUUGGUUCUGUUUGAUCCAGUCCAGUCCAGUUUAAUUUGGUUCUGUUUGGUUCGGUCCGGUUCAUUUGUGCUUAGUUCAAUAUUACGUGUCUGCAGGGCUGGAGAGCAGAUCCACAACCCUGUUUUUAACUGCUGUUCAACAUCCAGAAAUUUAAUUUAAUAAACAAGUUAAUUAACAAAUAAGUUCCCACAGUCACAUAUUUAGAUAUUAAUCUAGAUUUUAUUGAGUUUAACAUUUUUUACUCAUCUUUUUAUGUAUUGUCUGCCUAACUAUAAUAUUUCAGGUUUAUUCUACCAGCAUAUUAACUUAUAUUAUCCCAAUAUCACAGGGAUUGGCCUCACUUUUAUACUCUUCAUUCCUCUGCAAUGAUUUUGACCCCCUGUUAGCUGCAUGUUGACCCAGUAAGGUUCUGAUCUGUUCUGGUAUCUGGGCUGACCCGUUAUUUCUCUGAACAUCCCGGUAUCAGUUCUAAUGACAGUAGGGUAUCAUGUUUGUCUGGACCGAGCCGACACACUUGUAGAACCUCCAACAGUCAUGGUCAAUCACAGGAGGUGAUUGGACCAAUCAGAGAGCGUCUGGUUGGUGCAGAUGUUCUAUAGAUGGUACCAUCUUUAGCUCCGCCCUUUACGGUCAGGUACAGAAGGCUGUAAAGACACUAGAGAGUCCAGAUCUGGUUUAUCACCUCCAGCUCCUCUCAAGACCAGAAUCCAUCUCAGCUGAUCUUCCUCCUGACCUCUGACCUCUGUCUGUUUCAGGCGUCUGCACCUCCACAAGAAAAGGUCAGAGGUCAAACAGCAGUUCGUGCAGCUGGCAGGAGUGUCUCUGCUGAAACCUCUGAAGGGGGUCGACCCAAACCUGAUCUCCAACCUGGAGACCUUCUUCACGCUGGACUACCCAAAGGUGACCUGAGUCCACCUGAGUCCACCUGCAGACCCAGACCACUAUCAGGACUGAAACCAGACCACCAUCAGGACUGAGAGGAAAUGUUUUGGUUCCAGUCUGGAUGGUGGUCUUCCCUUUUGAACCCGGACUGUCAGCCAUGUUGUUUUCCCUUGUUGUUUUGAACCGACCAAUCACAUUGUGUGUUUUGUCUGUGAAUCCGCCCCCGCUGCAGUACGAGAUCCUGCUCUGCGUUCAGGACCAGGAUGAUCCGGCAGUGGACGUCUGUAAAAAGUUGUUGGGCAAAUAUCCAAACGUAGAUGCUCGAUUAUUCAUCGGUGAGGAAAUGAACGUCCGUUUAUUUUGGUCACAUGACUCAGAGAUGGCGUGCUCACCUGUCUGUUAGCGGCUAAUGCUAGCAUGUGCUGAUCUUUGGUUUUCAGGGGGGAAGAAGGUUGGAAUCAACCCUAAGAUCAACAACCUAAUGCCAGGUUAUGAAGGAGCAAAGUACGGCCUGGUCUGGAUCUGUGACAGCGGCAUCAGAGGUUAGACCGGCGUCCUGAAACUAAAGGCUGUUAACGGUUACCUUGUCAAUCACGACGCUAAUUCUGUGUGUGUGUGUGUGUGUGUGUGUGAACCAGUGAAACCAGACACCCUCACAGAUCUGACCAGUCAGAUGACAGAUAAGGUGGGAUUGGUCCACGGGUUGCCGUACGUCGCAGAUCGCCAAGGCUUUGCCGCCACCCUGGAGCAGGUAAGGCUAACCAGCUGACUGCAGACUGACCUCAGACUGUUGUGAUGCUAAUGUCCAUGUCGCUACCUGAUCCGUCCCGCAAACCUGAUUUAUACUACACAUGCAAAACAAACGUCACUUCCUCAGCUAGCCAUCUUUGCGACAGCUCAGCUGUUCUCUGCCCCUCAUUGUUUGGGACAGCUUCAACAUCAGCAAGCUCGCUUCAGUUUAUCACAGCCACACACUUUUCUAUUCUCCUGAACGGAGUUCUUCCCCCGACUGAAGCAGAGCGCCAGAAAGUCAAGAGAAUGGUGCCCAGUUUUACGAUUAAAGGUUCCUACUCCAGCUAAACUGUAAAAUUGUAACAUAGUUAUAAAAGGUUUGAUUGAAUGUGAAUAUUUCAGUGUUGAAUUUGAAACGCUGUAUAAAAACGCUGUAUAAAUUCAUCGUCCUGAAUGUGUCAGCUUCUUGUUAAUAAAUUUAAUUUAUAAAAUAAAUGAAAUAAAUCCCCCCUUGAUACUUUGAAAAGUCAGAGAACCACCAUAAUUUUGACCAGGUGGUGGCGCUCUCUGCUACCCAAAAAGUAUCACCGUGCUGGGCAGGAGCUCUGGCAAAUACCUUGGCAUUAGUUCUGGAGGCAAACAUUUUUUUGUAGGAUUUUAGAGGAAGGUCCUGCCCUCCUUCGUCUCUGAUUGGCUAGAAGUGCUGGGCUCCGAUUGGUUAUUCCUUAUGGCUGUGAAACGUCACCGUCUGUCGGGUUAGGAGAUUCAGGAGUGCGAUAAUGUUCUGUUCGAUGUACAGAGCCAACAGCCCGCAUUUGGCUUGAGCCUGUGAUGACGUUUCCAGCUUUUCUAGCCAAUCAGAGGUGCAGGAGGCGGGACUUUCCCCUACUGUUCUACAAAAAAAAAAAAAUUUUGCGCCCUGGAGCCUCCUGCUAGCUAGCCUGUCACAUCACCAGCUUGUUUCUAAAUCGAUCGAUAGUUUAAAUAGAGUUUUUAAGGUGAAGUAAAUUUGCACUUAUGCAGUACAGAUCAAGUAGGUAGCGACUCACUGCCAUAAAAUACAUUGAAAUACAAUGAGAGGAAGUGACGUAGGUUUCAUACAUGCGCAGUAAAAAUAGCGACAUUCCAUCUAAUCCAGUCCUUACAAGGCUAGCUAGCUCUGUCCUUUAGCACUAACGUGACUCAACAGACACUCAAGUGACCGAACACAAACAAACUCAUGUCACUCUUCUCAAACCACAUCCUAACAACAACAACAACAACAUCAUGGCUGUGUCAGAGAAGAGUCCUGCUGAGAACCUGGACUGGCCUGGUUCUGACUGACCAUCAGAUUCAGCUGAAAUCAACAUUUUAGUCAGUCAACCCAGGAUCGUGGUUCGGGCAUCAUUGUCAGCGUGAUGGGGGUCAAGUAUGUUUUAUAGUUUCAGUCAGUCCGUUUCCAUGACACUUGAGAAAACCAAAUUAUCGCUUUAUUCUGAUUAAGACUGGACAUCUGAAGGUCAUGUAAACACCUUAGAACUCAGAUUAAGACACCCAGAUAAUGUGAUUGGAAUUCGAUUUUCUCUACCAUGUAACCAGCGUAGUCGGAGUAUGAUCGGACAAUGCAUGUGCACGUGCACCACGACCCUGUAACCCCGUAACAAAAACACCAGAGAAGAGGAGUAGCAUGCGUCUCAUCUGCAGAAAAGGUAGCGCGUCCAUCAUGUAGGACAAAAACAACGCUGUAUGAUGCUCCAUCUUCUUGCUCCAAAAUGGCCAGCAGCUGUUGUAGACACUUCUGACGUCUGGCACCGACCUGCUGUUGUUGUUGAAGGUUGUAUGGGGUCGGAAACAGCGCUGCUGAAAAGACCCAUAUAGCCCCCUAGUUUUGGGUAGGAGGACACGUUAACAUCAAUAAUUCGAUUCUCUCAGCUGCAUGUAUACGCCGACAAGGAGAAAAAUCUGAUUCAGAGAAAUAAACGGAUUAUGAGCUUAGUCCAAUUAAACUGUGCGUGUAAACGAACUGAGUGAUGCUAACAGAUGCUAAUGCUAACCUGUUACCAGGUGUAUUUUGGGACUUCCCAUCCUCGCUCCUACAUCUCUGCUAACGUGACGGGGAUCAAAUGUGUGACGGGGAUGUCGUGUCUGAUGAGGAAGGACGUGUUGGAUCAAGCCGGCGGAUUGGUGGCCUUUGCUCAGUACAUUGCCGAGGAUUACUUCAUGGCUAAAGCGAUCGCUGACAGGUGAGCGUGUUAGCUUUGGCUCCUUUGGUUCAAAUGUUUGAAACGUGAAAUAAUUCUGAUUCUUCAUUUCCUCAGAGGAUGGAAGUUCUCCAUGGCAACACAGGUGGCGCUGCAGAACUCUGGGUCGUACUCUAUUGGCCAGUUUCAGUCCAGAAUGAUCAGGUGACCUCAGCUCCUCAUCUGAUUGGCUGUUUUUAUACUUUCUGCUGAAGAUGAGUUUGACUCUUUGAUAAUCCUAAAGAGAGAGAGAGAGUGAGAGUGUGUGUGUGUAAAAUACAGAGGAGGUCUUCAGUUUAGUGACAGGAUGAAUCUAAGGACUAAGAUCGGUCUGUCCUCCUGGAUCAGGUCUAACAGGGACUGAAAUGUUCAUAGGAUUCCCCUCAAAACAACAACACACUCACUUUAACUUUACCUCUGUGUGUGUCUGUGUGUGUGUCUCUCUCAGGUGGACAAAGUUGCGGAUCAACAUGUUGCCUGGGACAGUGUUGGAGCCGGUCUCAGAGUGCUUCCUGGCGAGCCUCAUCAUUGGCUGGGCCGCUCAUUAUGUCUUCAGGUAGGUAGACAAUCAGAAGGCAGGAGAAGGCGGCCUGUGAUAAAGGGGUGGGGUUGCAGGCAUAGACAUACAUAGACGCCUCAUUCCUGCCGGAGCAUAAUCCAGCGUCACCACCAUAUUGGAUGGGUCUCUCCACUCCAGGUUUGCUCAAGAGCCAAACGGGGUCAAUGGAGAAUGAGCAACUAUGCCUAUAUUUUUGCACUUUAUGGUAACCUGAUGCAGUAUUGAAACCAGAUCACGUAGGAUUUCAUUUCACAAAUAGGAUUGACAUUUUUUUAACAUGUGACAUUGUGACAUUCACUGUGACUAAAAAUAGAUGUGUGUGAAUUGUCAAAUGUAUUUAGGGUCACGUGCUCAUAAAAAAAAAUCAAAAUGUUUUUUUCCUGUAAAUACGGUGGUGAAAUUAGUUUUACGUUGGAUAUUUGACGGACAUUCACUGUGGAUCUAACGGCGUCUUCUCACACUCCAUAACAGGGAAUAACAACAGCAGCGCGGUUAAAUCUACUCGACACCCUCACUGUCAACAUCGGGUGUUGAAUAAGGGACCGUCAAUAAAUUACCGGUUGAUGUUCUCAAAAAAGGCUGUUUUCCUUCAAUAGCUUCCAUGUCAUGUCACCCAAAGACCUAAAACUGAUUUCAAAUAAUAGUACUAAGGUCGAUCAAUAAGACAAACAUUAUUUGAUCAAUUUUCAUUGUUCCCCUAAAGUUCUUUGUGUGCUCCUUACUUUUUAAACUUAGAACAUGUGAACAAAAAUAGUGUCAAACCCUGCGGUCUGUUAACGGCACACUCACUUGGCGGGCGCUUUCUCGCCCCCUGACUCUGAUGGUUGUAAAUAUCUCAUGAGUGGAGGAGAAUAUGUUAGUUUUCCUGCCUCUCCAGGUCCAUCUGUGAGUCCAGCUCAGUCCGCAGUGUCCUCCUUGUUCCUCGGGUCAGUCCAUGUUCAGCCCUCUCUGGACUGAUUCACCCAUUCAUGUUGUGAAGUGGUGAAUUGUUUGUCCUUCCUCUGCCAGUCCAAGACUUUAACAAACCUGAAGCUCUGACAGCGUUCAGGUGGUCCUGCUGUUCUCUCUGUACGGCUGUGUUCAUGUGACCUGAGGCAGGGUUCAUGUAGGGUCAGCUAGAGGUCAGACAGAGGUCAGUUUGAGGUCAAACACGUUGCCAGAGCUCAGUCCAGACUGCCUGAUGUGAGUUUGCUUUUCAGGACUGACUUAGAAUCUGAAUCCUGUACACACUCUAACCUGUGUGUGUGUGUGUGUGUGUGUGUGUGUGUUUGUGUCUGUGCGUGUGUGCCGUAGGUGGGACAUGAUGGUCUUCUUCAUGUGUCAUUGUCUGGCCUGGUUUAUAUUCGACUACAUCCAGCUGACAGGAGUUCAGGUACUGAUCAAAUAUCCUCACAGACUCAGAGCUCUCACUCUGACACGCUCUAUCUCCUUCUCUCUCUGUCUUUGAUUCGUUGAUUCGUUGAUUCAUUGAUUCAUUGAGUGAUUGAUGACAUCAUCCUGCAGGGCGGUCCUCUGUGCUUCUCGAAGCUUGACUUCGCUGUGGCGUGGUUCAUCAGGGAGUCCAUGGCGGUGCAGAUCUUCCUUUCCGCUCUGUGGGACCCUACCAUCAGCUGGAGGACCGGACGCUAUCGCUUGCGCUGUGGGGGAACCGCUGAGGAGAUACUUGACGUGUAGUUACCAUGGUGACUGUCUUCUGACCCCCCCCCCCGCCCCCGCCCCCCCACUAUGAUCACUGGGGAGGAGGAGGAGACAGGAGGAAGAGACUGUGUUUGUUUUUUAAUGAGGAAGCUGAGGAGCGUGUGUGUGUGUGUGUGUGUGUGCGCAUGUGUUUAACUAUUUAUGUUCUUUUUGGUGCUAAAACUAAAUGCCAGAACAAGCCAAUAAGAGUGCAGAAAAAAUAAACAAAAAGAAAUGGGAGGGAGUGAUGCAUCACACUGAAUCAGCUGAUCUUUAAUCAGCCUCUGAAAACAGAAAACUGAUCGAACAAUCAGAGGGGAGGAACUGAACCCUCCCUCUCCUGAUUGGCUUGUUUUCUGUCAUCAGGACUUAGAUUUUUGAAGUUUCUGAUUUUUUUAUUGAUGAAACAAAAAAAAAAACGAAAAUAAAAGUGGAAAAAAUCUUCUAGGAUGAAAACAGACGUUUGCCCAGAUGUUGGAGUCUGUGUGAGCGAACGUUUCCGCCGAGUCAGCGUCAUGAAUUAUGCUAAAUCGGCACAUUUCUCUCUUGUUUUAAAAUAUUUUUUCGGCCAAAGUUUCCAAAAACGUCGAUUCAUUAUUUUCCUUUCAUAGAGGUUCAGCCAACCUUCACCUCAGUAAAGCGUCAGAUCAGGUCUUUACCUGCAGACCAACGAGAACCGGCUCAGUGAGGAUGUUCUCUGACCACAGGGGGACGUCAGUCUGAGAUCCACACAGGAGCUUUAAGAUGAACUAAAGAGAGCAGAAGACUAUAAUCAUGAAACGUGGUCAGACCUUAGACGUACUCAGAUAAUCAUCUUCACCAUCAAAACUCAAGAGAAAUUUACGAAAAUAUAAACUCUUAAAUUCAAAAUGAUCCACGCCCGUCAUGUCAUGUUUUCAUGUGAUUCUGUAAAAAUCUCCUUUAAAAAGUCGCUAAAAUAAAAAAUAAAACAUUUUAAAGGAUUUUUAAUGCCAACUAAAAGAAAACUGACGUCUCUCAGACUCUCCGCUCUGAUUGGCUGUUGAGAUUCAGAACAGUUUUGGAUCGUUAACCCCUCCCCUUUGGAAAAAAAAAAAACAAAAAACGCUCUCAGCACUGAAUGAACCAGUAUUCUGACGACGAACGAGAAGGUCGAACAUUUCAGCGAAUUUACGAACUUUAAAAAACAAACAAACAUAGGACCAAAAAUAAAUAAACAGGAAAAAAACCCACACAUUUCUGUUUGUUUUUUAGAGUCUGGACACUGUACAGAGUAUGUGUGCGCGCGCUGGUGUUUUUUUUUUUAAGCUGUGUUGCCCUACUGUUAGCUUUUAGCUGUUAGCGUAGCAUCAGGGGGUUUGGUUGAUGACAUCACCUUUGAGUCGGAUGAACCACUGUCGCUGUUGUCCAAUGAGAUCAGUAGGAUUGUUUUUUUUUUAUUUUUAAAUAUCUGCUGUAGUCAAUGAACCGACCAAUCACAGUGGAGGAUUGUGUCACCACAGGAACAAUAAAGUUUUAUCCUUUGAACUGAACUUUGA